AUUCUCCAUAUUCUGCAAAAGGUGAUAGUCUAAUUCUAACUCUUUAUGCUCCUAUCUCAUUCACAACAGUUUCAACAAUUUCCAAAGCGAAUCGACAAUAAUUCUUGAGGGUUCUACCGUAUUUAUUAGUUCAGUCAUUCACUUUACACCCACAAAAGGACAUUACGGUCAGUCUAAAUUAUAACGGCUAUAUUGGUCUAAACAAGGUAACUAAAAAUAUCCGUUGCUUCCUUCCAAAACAAUUCUAAUUCACAAUCCCUCCUCUCUCACCUUCUCUGUUAUAUAUAAAUCUCUCUUUCAUUUCUCUCAUCAUUCAAAUCUCUCUCUCUCUCUCUCUCUCUCUCUCUCUCUCUCUCUCUCUCUCUCUAUCUCUCUCUCUCUCUUCUGUGUUUCAAGCCAUCUAAUUGCUAUCACAAUCGCUUGCUUCCAUUUUAUUUUCAUUUUGUCUAAUACUUAUUUUUUGCAGAGUUUUGUUUUAUAUUCUUUAUUUCAUUUUCAUUUGUUCUUUUAUUUUGUAUAUUGUUUCUUUUUCCCCUAACAAUGGACGCAGGAUCUUUGAGUUCUUCCGCCAUCAAAACCAGAUCCAGAUUUCCUCUUCAAGAACAGUUUAUUCAGAGAAAAAGUUCUAGAGAGAAUUUGGACAGAUUCAUACCGAAUAGGUCAGCAAUGGACUUUGAUUAUGCUCACUACAUGUUGACAGAAGGGGCUAAAGGUAAGGAAAAUCCAGUUGUGUCCCCUUCCAGGGAAGCUUACAGGAAGCAACUUGCAGAAUCAUUGAACUUGAACAGGACUAGAAUUCUAGCUUUCAAGAACAAGCCACCUGCACCAGUUGAUUUAAUCCCUCGUGAGAUUACUUCAAUGACUCAUCAACAAGAUAAAACCGCCAAGCCCAGGCGUAUUAUUCCUCAGACUUCUGAGAGGACAUUGGAUGCUCCAGACCUUGUGGAUGACUAUUACCUCAAUUUACUAGAUUGGGGAAGCGCCAAUGUUCUCGCAAUUGCACUUGGAAACACAGUGUAUUUGUGGGAUGCGUCUAAUGGUUCCACUUCAGAACUUGUUACCGUUGACGAUGAAAGCGGCCCUAUUACAUCAGUAAGCUGGGCUCCUGAUGGACGCCAUAUUGCUAUUGGUUUGAACAGCUCUGAAGUGCAGCUGUGGGAUACAACCUCAGAUAAGCAGUUGAGAACUUUGAGAGGUGGGCAUAGGCAGAGAGUGGGGUCUUUGGCAUGGAACAACCACAUACUCACAACCGGAGGGAUGGAUGGUAAAAUUAUCAACAAUGAUGUAAGAAUCAGAUCACACAUUGUUGAAACAUACAGAGGACACGAACAUGAAGUUUGUGGAUUGAAAUGGUCACCUUCCGGUCAACAAUUAGCCAGUGGAGGGAAUGAUAAUCUACUUUAUAUCUGGGAUAGAAGUACAUCAUCUUCCAGUUCCCCAACUCAGUGGCUUCACAGACUUGAAGAUCACACAUCUGCAGUAAAGGCUCUUGCUUGGUGUCCUUUCCAAGGGAAUUUGCUAGCUUCUGGUGGAGGCAGCGGGGAUCGUUGCAUCAAGUUUUGGAAUACACACACAGGUGCAUGCUUGAACUCGGUUGACACCGGGUCUCAGGUAUGUUCCCUUUUGUGGAACAAGAAUGAGAGGGAGUUACUCAGCUCUCAUGGUUUUUCACAGAAUCAGCUAACACUAUGGAAAUACCCUUCAAUGGUCAAGAUGGGAGAGCUCACUGGUCACACUUCCAGAGUUCUUUAUAUGGCUCAGAGUCCAGAUGGUUGCACAGUGGCAUCAGCAGCGGCCGAUGAGACACUGAGGUUUUGGAAUGCUUUUGGCACUCCAGAAGUAGUAACCAAAGCUGCUCCAAAAGCUAGAGCUGAGCCAUUUUCACAUCUUAGCCGCAUUCGAUAAGCUGCAGACACUUGUAACAUAUUUUUGGUUCCCACCAACCGCAUCAAGCUCUACAGGGGCAGCAGGAGAAACAGUUAUUUUUUGUACUUGUAGUCUCCUACUGUUAAGUCUCAUAAUCGUUGUAUAUAGAAACAUACUGGGAUUAAAACAUUUGAGGCAAUGCGUAGAUAGAGGAGAAAACAUAUUAGGAAUAAAAAAUUUGAGGCAAUGAGUAGAUAGAGGAGAAGAUGAAGUUCUUUUUAUGAGACUUCAAUGUAUAUUGUAACAUAUUACUAUAGUAGAAAAUAACACUUGAUUUGCCCCGUGGAUGUAGUCACACACCUCUCGUGACGAACCACGUACA